AUGUCAGAUAAGCCAUCAAAGAAAGAGUUCUCCAGGGAUAAGGGCACAACGCACCUCCCAAUAGCGCGUGUCCAAAAGAUUAUAAAGGCUGACAAGGAAAUGGAGAAUUGCGCGAAAGAAGCUACCUAUUUGAUAGCUGUGGCUACUGAAUACUUCAUCAAAUAUCUCACAGAUGCUGGAUACAUACAAGCAACGCUGGAUAAGCGCAACACGAUUCAAUACAGAGAUCUAGCCAACGCGGUUGAUAAGAGCGAAGAAUUAGAAUUCUUGAAAGAAAUCGUGCCUUCGAAACUUACAAUGCAGAAAGCUUUGGAUCUUCAGCAGAGAAAGCAGAAAGGUGAAGAUACUGACGCGCAUUCUACACAAGAUGACGCCAUCUUAUUCGAACCUCCACACAAGAAUAAAAAGAAAACACACGCCCAAGCUGACAAGCUAGCCAAAGAUCAAAGUAGCCAUGAUAUAUCGAUGGAGGAAUAA